AUGUCCACCACCAUGGUGUUGCGGUGCUCGCAGCCGGUGUCGCAGCCAGGCUUCCGCGUGCUUGCGGGGCCGCUGGCCACGCCGGUCGUGGCCUCUCCGGUCGUGGCCGUUCACCCUGCCGUGACCGUUCGGUCGGCCGGGAGGGUGGAGGGUCUCUCGCUGGCGGAGUCGCUGGCCCAGCAGAGGCGAGCAUCGCCCUCGCAGCGUGACCAGGCCCUCUCGGCGCUCCUGGGGCUCCUGUGGGAGCGCGGCGCGCUCUCGGCGCUGCCGGUCGACGGCGCGGGCUGCCUGCGGGUGAGCUCGCCGUUCUGCCACGACUACUACGAGGCGCCGGUCCUGCUGCCCUUCCUGGUCGACAGGUUGAUUGAGGGGGGCCCUGGGGUCAAGGGCAUCAUCGCGUUCGGCUGCGACGUGAACGCCCAGCCCAGGUGGUGGCCUGCCUGGGAGGCCUGGGUGGCCAAGCACCUGGGCCCCCGGGUGGCCCUGCAGCUCAGCCAGCAGGACUUGUCUACGUCUGCGCCCCCGCCCGCCGGGCUGGUCCUCGGCGUGCAUCCCGAGAUCACGAACGGCGGACCGUGGCCGGCGAUACUGGCCCACGUGCUCAGCAGCUGCCUCCCUGGCGGGCUCUGCGUCUUCGUCACCUUCUACACUCAGGAGGCCGAGGAGGCCGCGCGGGUCUGCCGGGGCCUGGGCUGGAGCUGCGAGGUGCUGGAGAACCCGCACUACGCCGGGCUGCCGGCGAGCACGAGCGGCACCUACAUGCGCUACGCCGUGCUGGCCCGCGCGGGGGGCGCCGGGGGCGACGUGCGCGACUCGCUCACCCCCCUACAGUUGGACACGUGGGUUGACGACUACUCGCAGCAUGUGUCGGGUCAUUUUAGGGAGGUGGUCUCGAAGUCUGUGCAGUUCGUUUUGUUCGCCCAUGGCCUGAGUGUACAAGCCAGUCAGCUUGCCGACGAUCUGGGGGUGGAUGCCGAAGCAGCCAGACGCAGCGUGGCCGCCCAGUGA